AUGGCGGAUCAAAAUAUCUCGCAGUACAAGUACUCGGCGAUGUCCAACCUGGUUCUCCAGGCGGACCGUCGUUUCAUCAGUCGCACCCAUGAUGAGCCCACUGGAGACCCGGAGUCUCUCGCAGGUCGGAUUGGGAUUCGGGAGAUGGGUGGACGGGUUGCGCGUGAUGACGCUCCGAGAUCCAAGAGGGCAGCUCUGACAGGUCUCGAGCGGGGUGCAAUUGGUGAGGGUGAAGAUGUGCUCUUACGUGAACAGAAGAAGCGCCAACGCGGACAACCAGCACAACUAAGGGGCCAGGGCAUCCUUUCAGCAGCCGAUGCUUUCGUCGAAGGCUUGAAAUAUCGACCUCGCACACCCGCCACACGAGCCACGUAUGACCUCAUCCUCACAAUCACCGGAAGCCAACUUGGCGAUGUUCCCCAUGAAGUCGUUCGAAGUGCCGCCGAUGCCGUGCUGGAACUACUCAAGGACGAGGAACUGAAAGAUUUCGAUAAAAAGAAGGAGAUUGACGACCUUCUGGGAACCUCAAUGAACCCAAAAGAAUUCAACGAGCUUGUGAACCUAGGCAAGAAAAUUACAGACUACGAUGCCCAGGAUGAAGAGGAGGAAGUAGACGGUGGUCUCGAUGAAGAAAGUGGCGAACUCGAUGAACGCCAAGGCGUUGCUGUCGUCUUCGAUGAAGAUGAAGAAGAUGAGCGCAUGGGAACGGUGGACGAAGUGCGAGACGAUGACGAGCUUAGCGACGAGGAGGAGGCAGACGAACAAGAACGAUUGGAAGCCGAUGUCACAGCUGCUCAAGACGAAGAUGGCGACGAAAUGGUCAUCGAUGGAGGCCUUGGACGAGAUGAUAAAGCCGCAGACAAGGCGGGAUUGAAUGUCUCCGCUCGUGAGAUCGACGCUUACUGGUUGCAACGACAAAUCGGUGCCAUAUACGCAGAUGCCCAUGCACAACAUGAGAAAACCGACGAAGCACUUGCAAUCCUCGGCGGAAAGGAUGAGGAUGGCGCACCCAGAUCCCUGCGUGACGUCGAAAACGACCUCAUGGAAUUAUUCGAUUACGACCAUCCCGAGCUUGUUGCCAAACUAGUCACUAAUCGUGACAAGGCCGUCUGGGUUACCCGUUGGAGAAGAGUUGCAGAGGAUGCGGAUGCGCGUAAUCUUGUGGAGAUUGAGAUGGUCGAGGCCGGACAACGUGCAAUUCUUGAUGAAAUCCGUGGCAAAGAAGCGCGCGACGAGCUUGGAGCCCGGCCAGAUAAGAAGAUGAAAUUCGACUUGAUGGACGUUGAUGUUCCAUCAGGCCCAACCCCAGACGAAAAGCCUGCCGAAGGUGGCCAGGCUGGUAUCCUUCAGCCCAAGAAAACGAUAAAUCUGGAGAACCUUGUCUUCCACCAAGGCAACCAUCUUAUGACCAAUCCCAAUGUUAAGCUCCCCCAAGGCUCAACUAAGCGAACAUUUAAGGGAUACGAAGAAAUUCACGUGCCGCCACCCAAGGCCAAAAAGGAGCCAGGAGAGAAGAACAUUCCGACCACUGACCUGCCAGAGUGGGCCCGUGUAGGGUUUGGAACCUCGAAGGAACUUAAUCGUGUGCAAACAAAAUGCUAUCCUUCAGCUUUCCAUGAUGACGGCAAUUUGCUUGUUUGUGCUCCCACGGGUUCUGGCAAAACGAAUGUUGCUAUGCUCACGAUCCUUCGAGAAAUUGGAAAGAACCGCAAUCCCGAGACAGGAGAGAUCAUGCUCGACGAUUUCAAGAUCAUAUACAUCUCUCCUUUGAAGGCCUUGGUUCAGGAGCAAGUUGGGAAUCUCGGCAAGCGCCUGGAGCCUUAUGGCAUUCGAGUGUCUGAACUUACAGGUGAUCGCCAGCUCACCAAGCAGCAAAUCGCCGAUACCCAAAUUAUUGUUACGACCCCUGAAAAGUACGAUGUCAUCACUAGGAAGGCAUCUGAAACUAGCUACACCAACCUUGUCCGCCUUAUUGUCAUCGAUGAGGUUCACCUUCUCCAUGAUGACCGUGGCCCUGUUCUUGAGAGCAUUGUCAGCCGAACAAUCCGCCGAACCGAGCAGACUGGAGAGCCGGUGCGCAUUGUGGGCCUCAGUGCGACCCUCCCCAACUACCGCGAUGUCGGAAGCUUUUUGCGCGCCGAUCCUGUUAAGGGCGUGUUCCAUUUCGAUGGGACGUACCGUCCUUGUCCCCUCAAACAGGAGUUUAUUGGUGUUACUGAUAAGAAGGCUAUCAAGCAGUUGAAAACUAUGAACGACAUCUGCUAUACCAAGGUCAUGGAGCAGGUCGGCCAGAACCGAAAUCAAAUGCUCAUCUUUGUCCACUCUCGCAAAGAAACAGCGAAGACAGCUAAGUAUAUCAGGGACAAGGCCCUUGAAAACGAAACAAUCGGUCAGAUUCUGCGUAGCGACGCUGCCAGCCGUGCCAUUCUCUCAGAAGAAGCAGACUCGGUAGACGAUGCAAACCUAAAGGAUCUUAUGCCUUACGGUCUUGGUAUUCAUCAUGCUGGUCUGAGUCUUGCCGACCGUGAUUCUGUCCAGGCACUUUUCGCCGAUGGAAGUAUCCAAGUUCUUGUUUGCACAGCGACACUCGCCUGGGGUGUCAAUCUCCCAGCCCACACCGUUAUCAUCAAGGGAACUCAGGUCUACUCUCCCGAAAAGGGUGCUUGGGUCGAGUUGAGCCCGCAAGACGUUCUGCAAAUGUUGGGACGAGCUGGUCGGCCUCAAUAUGAUACUUUCGGUGAGGGUAUCAUAAUCACAUCGCAAUCUGAAAUUCAAUAUUAUCUUUCGCUCAUGAACCAACAACUCCCCAUCGAGUCACAGUUGGUGAGCAAACUGGCGGAUAAUCUGAAUGCGGAGAUUGUCCUUGGCAAUAUUCGUACCCGCGAUGAAGGCGUGGACUGGCUAGGCUACACCUAUCUAUAUGUUCGGAUGCUCCGGUCGCCUGGCCUUUACAGUGUUGGCGCCGAUUACCAAAAUGAUGAUGCCUUAGAACAGAAGCGUGUUGAUCUCAUCCACUCUGCUGCGGUGAUCCUUGAGAAAGCCGGUCUCGUCAAGUAUGAAAAGAAGACCGGACGCCUACAGUCGACUGAGCUUGGACGUAUCUCCUCGCACUACUACAUUGGUCACAACUCGAUGUUGACCUACGCUCAACACCUACAGCCCUCUAUCACGACCAUUGAAUUGUUCCGAAUCUUCGCCUUGAGCGACGAGUUCAAAUACAUUCCGGUUCGCCAGGAUGAGAAGCUUGAGCUUGGAAAGCUCCUGGGACGUGUGCCCGUCCCUGUCAAGGAGACCAUUGAUGAGCCCCAUGCGAAGAUCAAUGUUCUCUUGCAGGCUUACAUCUCCAGACUCAAGCUUGACGGGCUUGCCUUGAUGGCAGACAUGGUCUAUGUCACGCAAUCAGCUGGACGUAUCAUUCGCGCGAUCUUCGAGAUCUGCUUGAAGAAGGGUUGGGCCUCCGUGGCCAAGACUGCGCUCGAUCUUUGCAAAAUGGCCGAGAAGCGCAUGUGGCCUACGAUGUCUCCUCUUCGCCAAUUCUCUCACUGCCCAAGAGAUGUUUUGCAAAAAGCGGAACGUAUCGAUGUGCCUUGGGGUAGCUAUUUCGAUUUGGAUCCUCCCCGUAUGGGUGAGCUGCUUGGAAUGCCCAAGGCUGGACGUACUGUGUGUGACUUGGUCUCCAAGUUCCCUAGACUCGACGUCCAAGCUCAAGUCCAGCCCAUCACACGGUCCAUGCUGCGUGUAGAGCUAACCAUUUCCCCGAACUUUGUUUGGGAUGACGAUGUGCACGGAAAUGCUCAGGAUUUCUGGAUUUUGGUCGAAGACUGCGAUGGAGAGGAAAUCUUGUUCCAUGAUCGAUUUUUGCUUCGUGGUGAAUUUGCGAAGUCCGAAAUGAAUGAGCACCUUGUUGAGUUCACUGUUCCUGUCACCGAGCCAAUGCCUCCGAAUUACUUCAUCUCGCUUGUGUCUGACCGAUGGAUGCAUUCUGAGACGAAGAUUGCUGUUUCUUUCCAGAAGCUGAUUCUUCCCGAGCGCUUCCCUCCACAUACGCCUUUGCUCGACAUGCAGCGCGCCCCGGUCAAAGCGCUGAAGCGCGAGGACUAUCAAGCAUUGUAUCCUGACUGGCAGCAAUUCAACAAGAUUCAAUCCCAGGUCUUCAAGUCGAUCUUCGAAACUGACGAUAAUAUCUUCAUUGGCGCCCCCACCGGAAGUGGAAAGACUGUAUGUGCUGAGUUGGCCCUGCUUCGUCACUGGUCAACGAAGGAAAGCGGUCGCGCAGUCUACAUUGCGCCCUUCCAAGAGCUGGUUGACCAGCGGCUUGCCGACUGGCAGAAGCGGCUUGGUGGUCUGGGAGGAGGCAAAACUAUUGUCAAGUUGACAGGCGAAACCACAGCCGAUUUGAAGCUUCUCGACCAGGCUGACCUCGUUCUUGCCACUCCUACCCAAUGGGACGUGUUGUCUCGCCAGUGGCAGCGACGUAAGAACAUCAAGUCUGUGCAAUUGUUCAUUCCUGAUGAACUCCACCUGCUCGGCGGCUACGGUGGAUAUGUGUAUGAAGUGAUUGUAUCUCGCAUGCACUACAUGGCACUUCAGACCGAGCAAGAAAUGCGCAUUGUAGGCCUAAGUGUGCCUCUUUCUAAUGCCCGCGACAUUGGAGAGUGGAUUGGUGCUAAAAAACACACGAUCUACAACUUCAGUCCACAUGCCCGUCCUGUACCACUUGAGCUUCAUCUUCAAUCCUUCUCCAUCCCUCACUUCCCAUCUGCCAUGCUCGCGAUGGCUCGACCGGCUUAUCAAUCCAUCCUGCAGCUUUCUCCCGAUAAACCAGCUCUGGUCUUCGUUCCAAGCCGUAAACAGGCUCGCGCCAGCGCUGCAGAUCUACUUUCUGCGUGUGCUAUUGAUAACGAUGAAGAUCGCUUCCUAAAUGCCGAUGUUGAGGAACUUACUCCGCUACUUGAGCGCAUACACGAGCAGACUCUUGCCACAUCACUUUCUCACGGUAUUGGCUAUUACCACGAAGCCUUGAAUGCCACCGACAAGCGCAUUGUCAAACACCUGUUCACCAUCGGUGCGAUCCAGGUGUUGCUGGCGUCGCGAGAUGUGUGUUGGGAACUGGAUAUCACGGCUCAUCUGGUCAUCGUCAUGAACACUCAAUUCUUUGAUGGCCGCGAGCAUCGCUACAUAGACUACCCCAUCAGCGAGAUCUUGCAGAUGUUCGGCAAAGCCUCUCGUCCCGGCCAGGACGAGAUUGGCCGUGGUGUCCUUAUGGUGCCAGCAGUGAAGCGCGAUUAUUACAAAAAAUUCUUGAACGAGGCCCUCCCUGUUGAAAGCCACCUACAAGUCUACCUACACGACGCCUUUGUUACUGAAGCAAGCACAAAGACUAUUUCUUCCACCCAGGAUGCGGUUGAUUGGAUGACAUACACCUACUUCUACCGCCGUCUUUUGACAAACCCUAGUUUCUACGGCUGCAGCGAUGUGGGCCACGAGGGUCUUAGCACGUUCCUGUCAGAGCUGGUGGAGAACACACUGAAGGAACUAUCAGAGGCAAAGAUCAUCGACCUCGACGAAGAAGAUGACAGUGUCUCACCCUUGAACGCUGCCAUGAUUGGUGCUUACUACAACAUCUCGUUUGUCACAAUGCAGACCUUCUUGCUGUCUCUGUCGUCCCGGACAAAGCUAAAGGGCAUCCUGGAGAUUGUCACCUCGGCGACCGAGUUCGAGUCUAUCCAAAUGCGUCGCCAUGAAAAGCACAUUCUUCGUCGUGUGUAUGAUCGUGUGCCUGUCAAAAUGGCCGAGGUUUCUUUCGAAUCCCCUCAUUUCAAGGCUUUCGUACUCCUUCAGGCCCACUUCUCCCGCAUGCAACUGCCUCUUGAUCUUGCCAAAGAUCAAGAAGACAUUGUUCGCAAGGUUCUCAACCUGCUGAGCGCUUGUGUUGAUGUUCUCUCGUCCGAGGGUCAUCUCAACGCAAUGAACGCAAUGGAAUUGUCCCAAAUGGUGGUUCAGUCUAUGUGGGAUCGCGACAGCCCUCUGAAGCAGAUUCCCCACUUCUCCCCUGAAAUGAUUAAGGUGGCCCGAGAAUACAAGUAUGUAUCAUUACACAGAUCUAUGCAGACAUGCGCUAAUAAUCCUUCCUGCAGUAUCAAAGAUAUCUUUGACUUUAUGGAGGCCAUGGAUCCAUCAGAGAACAAGGAUUACGCUACAUUAGUGAAGCGUCUCGGCCUUGACAACAAGCAAUUGGCUCAAGCUGCAGCAUUUACUAAUGAGAGGUAUCCCAACAUUGAGCUUGACUUUGAAGUCGAGGACGCCGACGACAUUACUUCGGGCGAGCCUGCAUACCUCAAAGUCAAGAUUGAGCGGGAUAUUGAAGAGGACGAGGAGCCCGAUGCGACUGUCCAUGCACCAUUCUAUCCCAGCCAGAAGAUGGAGAACUGGUGGUUGGUCGUUGGAGAAGAGAAGACCAACAGCCUGCUUGCUAUCAAGCGUGUCACCAUCGGUCGUAAGCUGGAGCUGCGCCUGGAAUAUGUGGUCCCUACUCCUGGAAAUCAUGAGUUGACGCUCUACCUCAUGAGCGACAGCUAUGUUGGCGUGGAUCAGGCGCCCACAUUCAAGGUAAAUGCGGCUGAAGGAAUGGACGAGGAUGAGAGCGAAGAGGAGGAGUAA